UGGAAGAUUUAAAAAGAAAAUAGUAUUUUCAAAAUAUUAAAAUUAAAUAAUUAAUAAAAAAGCAAAAAAACAAUAAAUCCUCAAUGUUUCGAGGAUGCCAUGUCACGAAAAAGAAUCCGGGUCGGGCUGUCAAAACGGGCUCCAGAUAGUAAUCAGCACACCCAUUUCCGGAACAUCGGGUUCUACGCCGGAAAUUGAAUCCCCAAUCGAAAUUUCUUUCUUCUGCAAUUCUUCCCAUCAAUGGCGGCUUCUGCCCGCAUUUUCAAUUUCUCCAACAGCCAUUCCCUCCUCCUCCAAACCACCCGUCUCCACGCGCCUCUCCGCAGAACCCAACACCUCCGGUACUCAUCACUCUCCCUCAAUUCUCACAACCACUCCUCCCCCAAAUUCCUCAACGCCCACUCCUUCAACUCCUUCCCAGUUUUCCGGUCGGCCAAUUUCUCCAUCCCGGCCAAUUAUUUCGAUCGCCUUUUCUUCGGUGCGGCGGUGAAGAACCCCUUCCACUGGAAUUUCGCCCCCCUGGGACAGUGCGCCGGCGAUCGGAAAAAUGGAAUCGCCGCCGGCGCCGAGGUUGCGGUGGUGAUGCUGGGGUGGCUGGGUGCGCAGCCCAAGCACCUGAGGAAGUACAUCGAGCUGUACAACAACAAGGGCAUCCACGCCGUUACUUUCGUGGCUUCUGUGAGGGAUGUGCUGUCCUUCGAUUUGGGGAAGAAGCUCGAGGAGAGGAUUCAGACAUUGGCGCGUGAGCUUGCAUCCUGGCUGUCGGAUGACACCGGCCGUGAUCGAGUACUGAUUUUCCACACCUUCAGCAAUACCGGUUGGCUAGCGUAUGGUGCAAUUCUCGAUAAUUUGAAAGACAGACAAGAUUUGUUGGAGAAGAUUAAAGGAUGCGUCGUUGACUCGGGAGGAGACCCCAAUUUAGAUCCUAAGGUAUGGGCUGCAGGAUUCACCACAGCCUUGCUAAAGAAAAGCAGCUCCGCCACUUACCCUUCGACUCGAUUACAAAUUGGCAACAACGGAACAAAAAUCGAAGAAAAGGAACCGUUUUUAAUCGAAUCUUUUCUCUUAUUUGCAUUCGAAAAACUCUUCUCCAAUCUUCUCAACUUGCCCAACAUAAAGCCGAGGUUGACAAAGGUUAUUUCUGGGCUUUCGAAGCAUCAGCCUCAAUGCCCCCAGCUUUAUCUGUAUAGCGCAGGCGACAAAGUCAUUCCGUUUCGAGCGGUCGAAAUGUUUAUCGAGGAACAGAGGAAGAUCGGGAAACGUGUUUCCUCUUUUAAUUUCGGAUCUUCACCUCACGUUGACCAUUAUCGGACUUUUCCUGAUUUGUAUGCUUCUCAGAUUGACUAUUUCUUGAAGGAUUGUUUGUCCAUGGUUGGGAAAUUAUAGAUACAUUUAUAUUUCCUUGGACAUUAGAAUUGAGAUAUACUUCAAUUCUGUCUUAUACAGCUGAUAUAAUUUUAAAGGGUAAAUUACAACCAC